AGCUUCAAGUAUCUGUUUCAAGUAGAGCCAUUGGUUUCAAGGAACCAGCAACUUUUCAAAAACAGUUAUAUAUAUAAUUUUUUUCAAACGAGACAUUAUCUUUAGCUGACCCUACUUCACCAAGAUAACCGGGUUAGCUUAUAAGUAUGGCUGGAGAAUCUGAGGUUCCAAAGUUCGAGACUGAUGAUGAGAUGUAUGAGGAAGACACCACUGACGCCAGACCUGACCGAAGUGGAAGAUUCCUUCUCUUUGGACGUAAGAAGAAUAAGGAUGGCCAGGCGCGGGAGCAGGACUACUCUUCUGAAAGCCAUUACAGAAUCGUUUCACCAACAUUCCAGUAUAAGAUGAGCCACCAGCGCAUGGGCAAGUGCAUCAUCAUCAACAACAAGAACUUUGACGAAAAGACGGGGAUGAAUGUACGCAACGGCACGGACAGAGACGCAGGCGAGCUGUUCAAGUGCUUCAAGAGCCUGGGCUUCGAGGUCUGCAUCUACAACGACCAGACCUGUGAGAAGAUGGAGCGUCUGCUCAAAGAGGCCUCGGAGGAGGACCACACCGACAGCUCGUGCUUCGCCUGCAUCCUGCUGAGCCACGGCGAGGAGGGCAUGAUCUACGGCACGGACGGAGCCAUGCCCAUCAAGACCAUGACGUCGCUCUUCAGGGGAGACAUGUGCAAGAGCUUAGUGGGCAAGCCCAAACUCUUCUUCAUUCAGGCAUGUCGGGGCUCAGAGUUUGACGAUGGCAUCCAGACAGAUUCGGGGCCCCCAAACGACACCCUGGAGACAGAUGCAAAUCCCAGGCAUAAGAUUCCCGUUGAGGCGGAUUUCCUCUUUGCCUACUCCACCGUGCCAGGAUAUUACUCAUGGAGGAAUCCGGGGCGAGGCUCCUGGUUCGUCCAGGCACUCUGCAACGUUCUCAACGAGUUCGGCAAGCAGCUGGAGAUCAUGCAGAUCCUGACGCGGGUCAACUACAUGGUGGCCACCAGCUUUGAGUCGUGGUCUGAAGACCCGCGCUUUAGCGAGAAGAAGCAGAUCCCGUGCGUGGUCUCCAUGCUGACCAAAGAGCUGUACUUCAACUGACCGCCUACGAUGACCAAGCCCCCCCUCCCCCCCCUUCUGACUAACUUGACUUGACUUCUUUACGCACUGACCGAGCGGUCGAAACAUUCAGGGAUGACCCAGGCCCAGCGGAACGCUGCACCGUUUGGGCAUGUACGCCGUUUUGCACGUGUAGCGUGGCUGGGCCCUUAACAAACUCUCCAAAACCCAUUUCUACAGUGGCACUUUGUGUGUUGGUGGUGAUGCAUGCCUCUUCUUCAGGUUAUUCCUUGGAAUAAUGAUGUCACAUUUGGUGUGCGAUCCUUGUCGACAGGCAGUGUGAAAUAUCCAUGUUAUUUUACAAACCCGGAAAUUUGCUGCCAUUCAUGUAAAGGUUGUUUUUAGAGUUGGGGAUGUGGGUUUUAUCUGAUAAUGGUUGCAUCAGGUUCCAAGCUUGUCCUAAUAUGGAUAUGGGUGCUUUACGUAGAUUAUAGUGUAUGUUCCUCUAACCAAGAUUUGUCCAGUGUUCUUAGAGCAAUCCUUAAAAAACAACAAUCGACAGUUGAGCAAAGUUGCCAUACCAUUCAUGACUUUAAAAAUUCACGACUUUAAGUUUUACAUAGUUUUGGAAUUAAAUCGCAUUGUUAUACACUACCUGUUUGAAAGCAGUUGAGAACGUUCCGGAACUCUCUGCACUUAACAGUCGUCCUCGUGAAUUUGGAAAGUGCUGUUGUUAAAGUCAGAAUACUGAGGUUAUAGAGACAACAACCUUGCCAAUAACAAAUCAGUGGCAUGAUAACUGACAAGGAUGUACACUAGUCAAUAUAAAGCACUUUACAUUAUGAAAGAUAGCUUGAACGGACUGACUUUACUGAAAUGAGUCAGGUGGUGACAAAUGUAAAGCUGGGAACCGGAUUCUUUCAUUUUUGGAUAUCUGUGUUUGUUUUUGUUCUGUCAUUAGUCCUCAAGAAUAACUCCUAAAGCAAAGCCUUCAACAUACAGCACAUUAUAAGUCAUAUCGAAUCUAAAUGAUUUAACAUUAGUGGCCGGAAUACUAAUGGGAGAUGUAGAUGUUAAUGGAAUCGUGAUCAACCUCAGGUUACCAAGUAGUGGGAUUAACACAGUUUGUUUGUGUUACUGAGCCUCACAGACACCAUAGCCAGCAAGUUGUGACACUGCUUUGUAACAAAACAGUUGUGAGUGUGGAUCAUGGGCAUAGGAAAUAUUUAAUCUUUUAAGAAAUGAGGACAAAACUGGACGAUUCGCCAGGUUUCUGUAUGUAGGCUACAUGCAUUUUUCAUCAAGUUGAAGAUUACAAGGCUGGCAGUAUAAACAGUUCUCUAACUUUUAUUGCUCGUCAUUUAAACUUUGACCAGUGAAGUGAAUGUAUUGUAUAUACAUAUUAUCAAAAUAAUGGGCUUGUUGUCCAUGUAUUUUUUCAGUGCCAGGGUUUAGUUAUUUAUCUCAUGAAUGGACUUUAAUGGCUUUAAACUCAUUUUCUUGUUUCUUGCGCAACGCUGCCAAUUUCUUAAAUCUUUUAUAUUUACCGAGUCAUGUUGAGCAGAAACAAUGCAGUGAAUAAUUUGUUUGUCAGACCUGAGGAACAAUUAUUUUAAAGAUGAUUUUAAUCUUGGCUAAAAUCACAAAUGACCACAUUGUUUAACUGUAUAUCAAUGUGAUAUAUUGUCAGUAAAAGGCACCAAGCAUUGUCUUUUUUUAAUAAAUUCAAUGCAAGCAUAGUGUGCACUAAUUUGAAAUGAGAAAAUGCCUGAAAUGUUUGUAAAAAAAGAAAAUUAAGAAAAUGUGGGUGUCCCUUUAUUUUAUAGUCCAAUUUAAGAUCCCACUUAAAAAUAAAUCAUUAAGUUUUUGAUGAAUUUCAAAAAUUUCAUUUCAAAAUUGAUGCCUUCUACUCGAACAAUAAAUAGUCAUUUUGGUAACAAUUAUGUAAUUAACAUAAAAGUCCAUAUUAAAAAAACUAUAUUUAAAAUAUUUUGUCUUAAUGGCACUUUAUGCAUUGAGUAUCCAAUAUUCAAUUCAAUAUUUUAUUUUAUUUGCCCUUAACAAGACGAUGCCUUGGGAGUCUUGAAAGCACACAUGCACAGCUGUAAGGUCGGUGUUGCACUGCAUGUUUGUCAAAAAGUCCAAAAUAAUCUGUUAUCUACAGAGGCAGCUAUUACUGGUCGUGAUAAGUCUGACCAUUCACAAUCCACAUGUCCCCAUUCACACAUUGCAUUCUCUCCAAAUUGUAUUGCUACCACUAGUCAGUAACACUGGGAAAACAUUUGUUGCUAGAUUUAAUUUAUUUGCCAUUUCUUUUUUCCAGUCUUUUUCUUUUCUUUUUUUCUUUUUCUACACUAUCACACAAUAUUUCUAGAAGCCAGAUGGGGAACAGUAUCCUGGCAACAAUUAGAAAUGUUACCAACUACUCAUACUGUACCUUCAUCACACAGUAGCACCCUUGAAUCCCCUCGACACAUGAAUCUCUGAUCAGUGAUGUAGUGCCCAACCUGUACUGAAAGGAGUGUGUGCUCUACUUGUUUUGGAAUGGAAUUGAAGGGAAAACAAUCCUGUUUUUAGAGGUAACAUUUUAAAUGCUUUCCAGUGGUAAAUGCUAUUGUCCUCUAGAAUAUAUUUUAAAUGAUUUGCACAAAAAAAGAAAAAAAAAGUAUAUAGUAGUAUUGGGAGGCAAAAUCCCUAAAAAAAGAAAUAUUGUGAAUUUUCGAAAUAUUGCCAUAAUCUAUGGCCCCUUUUUGAAUCUGGGGCAAUACAAUGUUAAAUUACUUCAUCAAAGGAAUGCCUAUGUAAACAUUAUUUUAUUGUAUUAAACAUGACGAUCCUAUUUUA